AACAGGAUUCUCCUGAAACUGUUUUUCAAGCAGAAGUCAGAACUGUACAUUUGACUGACAAAUGACUUCAGUAAUCCCAUUAUCACGAAGGUGAACGUGAACCACGACUAACUCUGAAGGGAUGGUGAUGGAACAUCAGAUGGACCGACCCUCCGCAAACACACGCCUGUUUUUGGUCUUCUGUAGUUUGUAACGCACAGACUUUUGCAGUACCAUCAAAAACAGACUGAGGGCCAAACUUUUGGAGUCAUCCUGGACUAGUGACCAACAUGAACGUCACCUUCAUCCACCACAGGACACACUGAGUUGUGGACGCCCUCAGGUUGCACUGACCCUUCAGCGGUGAUGAGUCACUGGAUCCUUGGGACCUUGGGAAAACUUGGAGCUGGGAACCAUUUCCAAACCCAUGACAGACAUCUAUGUUAAUCUGAUCAAAUGCUUGAGAAACACUGCUGCUGUUCUGUGAGCCUGACUGCGACGCUAACGACUUGAAUUAAUUCAAGUCACAACUUUGGACAUGAGAGACAGACUGAAGAACCUUCAUCAUGAGCAGAUCGACUCAGAAGGUUUCAGCACAGUGGAGCUGGACAACUUCUCAGAGCAGGAAGCUGCAGCAGAGUCCAGCCAGGAGCUGGAUGGUGUCCUGCAGGAGGCCCAGCAGAUACGUCUGGAGAUCCAACAGAUCCAGAACGAUGUCAGUGACCUGAAAGAUGUCAACUACCAGACCUUGAACAAGACCACAUACAGCUGUGAAACAAAGAGGGACUCCAACGCCAUCAGCGGGGACAUCAAACGCAGGACAGAAGAUGUGCUGCGACGGCUGCAUAUGAUGAAUGCUCUCAGAGGAGAACUUGAGGUCCAGCGUGGAGCCGCUGACCCCACAGCCCGCAUCGCUCGAACACAGUACCAGUGUCUGAGCAGCACUCUGCAGCAGGUGAUGUCCAACUACAACGACACAGAGUUGAACCACAGAGAAGCGUGUAAACGUCAGAUCCAGAGACAGAUGGAGGUGGUGGGCAGGGAUGUGGGUGAGGAGGAGCUGGAGGAGAUGAUGGAGAGCCAGGAGUUGCAGGUCUUCAGUGACCAAAUGACGGGUAGAACCACCCGCUCAGCUUUACUAGAGAUCGAGAAUCGGCACAAGGAGCUGCUGGAGUUACAGAAGAGAAUGGAGGGUAUCCAAGAUCUGUUUCUGGACGUGGCUCUGCUCGUGGAGGAGCAGGGUUCCAUAAUACAGAACAUCCAGCAGAAUGUUGAAAAAACAGAGGAGAUCGUUCAAGCUGGAACAGUCCACCUGGAGGGGGCGACAUCAUCUGACAAAAACAACCCCUGCAAGAAGCUCUUCUGUGGCUGCCUGCCCUGUUACUACAACUAAUUUUGAUGAUGAUGAUGAUGGUUCACAGUAAUGUUAUCACGUAUUUUCCAACUGAUUUAGUGUAUAAUGUUUACACUGAACAUUGUCUACACUAUGAGGUGAGUAAAAUUGUCUCCAUUAUUUUGUUCUUAAUUCAAAUAAAAAGACUAUAUAUG